GCUGCCGGGCCCGCCCCUGGCCCCGGGCGCCUAGGGAGGGCGUGGGGCAAACUUGGGGCUGCUGUAGGGGGUGAGGUGGGAACUCCACCUCCACUCAUCCCGGGAUAGUGGCAACUGCGGUUGCCUAGCUAAAACUGGGGCGGGGGUGACGACAGGGACAGCCGGGUACCGCGGUCCUCCCGACUCCCCCAGCUCGUUCAGCCGCGGCUGCUGCGGCAGCUCUGUAACACGUCCCCAGGAGACUCGCAGGAGCAACACGUGAUGUGUCUACUUAUCAGGGUGAGAGGGGGAGAGCGAGUCUCCGAGUGUGCGGGUGAGGAAGCGGGGCGGGGGGCCGAGGCGGGGGCCGGGAAGACGGCUAGGGCAACGGGGUCGCCAGCUCCUCGCCCACCUCCCUCCCUAUGGGAGAAGAGGAGGAGGGGAAGUGACUGCGGAGUUGAUGAACUUUGCACAUCCAGAAACGCCAUUUUGAUUCCUUUUCCGGAACAAGUUUGCAUCUCUCCUCGUUCUCUCCCCGAAGCCCACCGGUCCUCACCGCAUCAUGCCUGGGAGCCCAGCACCCUGCCGGGCCGUUGUUGCAAUCCUGUGCUCCAGAAGUGGUGGCUUUGAGGUGUGACCCUGCCCACAUUUGGGCCCAGUCCUCACCAGCUCCUCGGCAGAACGAAGAAAACAGCAUAAAGGAGUGAUAUCCAGAGAAUAAAAGGGCUCCCCAGAGUCAUUUCCUACUCCAUGUGGAUGACAGCAGGAGCAAGGGACUAUCAUUUGGGGCAGAAAAUGGAGUUCUAUAGCAGAGACUUCUUAGAAGCAUAAAACCCUGUCCCGAUGACGUCGAAUUCGCCCAUUGGUUUAGAAGGCUCAGACCUGUCUUCCAUCAACACCAUGAUGUCAGCAGUAAUGAGCGUAGCGAGUGUCACAGAGAAUGGUGGGAGCCCCCAGGGCAUCAAGUCCCCCAUGAAACCUCCAGGACCAAAUCGGAUUGGCAGAAGGAACCAGGUGAGGGUGUGUGGCUUUGGCGGGAGCAGCUAAUAGAUUUCAUCUUGGGAGAAUGUAGAGUAGAAGUUCCCACACUGCCUAAAGGGACACCCUGGAUACAUCCUGAAUUAAAGGUAGACCUAAAGGCUGUCAUCAUUUUUCAGGAGCAAAUAUUUUCAUGAUUUAUAUCCUUGCAUGGAGAAAACCCUUUGUGCCAUGGUAUCUUUCAGGGAGUGCACCCUUAUUCUUUGCCUGUGAUUUGACUUCAGCACAAGCUUCUGUUUAAUAGAGUGAACUUGGCUGCCUCUGCUAUGAUGCAGAGGAAAGCCCUUGACACAGCUGAUUAAUUUGUUUGUUUGUUUGUUUUCUUUCUAAGCCAGCUCCUUGUGGAAAGAAAGAAAGAAAAAUCUUCAAAUAAGUUCCUGUUUGUUCAGGGUUCAGCUUCCCUAUUUUGCCUUUUGGCUUCAGAGAAUCCCAAUUAAGAUCCAUCGAAUGGAAAAGGCUUGUGCUCGGUUGCUUCAUAGCAGUGCAAAGCCCUGAGUUCAGUCGGCUUAAUCCUCUUGAAUUUUCACUGGUCACAGGAUCAGGAGAGAUUGGAAAGAGUAAUUGCAUCAACAGAAAUUGGGAGGAAUGAAUGUUGUGAGAAAAGCCCCUGUCUCCUCUACUGGGAACAAGGCAUUGUCUUUUUCAGUUAAUGAACAAACAGGGCACUUUUUUAACAAGAUAGAUAAGGGGGCAGAGGGCACAUAAUUCUCAGUUCAUCUGUGAGAUCAUGUAGUGUACAGUGACUUCCCCGCCAGUUUCUUGUUGGUAUAAUGUAGUCACACUACUCCUUGUUUGGAGACAAGGUGGUGGUCUCAGAGCAUCUGUGAGCGGCAUGGACAGGACAAACCGGUGGGGCUUUGGUGAACUAAUGGCUGUUCUUAUGCAGACUACUCUCUGAGAACAUCUAUGAUGACCUUUGACAAACGCUCAGGUUUUUAGCUCAAUGUGCCCUCUAGGAGGUGGAGUAACAGUUCUACGUUCCCUGCAGCAUGUAAGUGUGCAUGCCUCCGUUCCUCACCUCAAGCCUGAGGCCUCGACAGAGCUCAGGAAUGUUUUAUAGGCUUGGAGCAUUGAUAACUCUCUUUCUCUCUCUCUCUCUCCCCCCUGCCUUCGUGUGCCUCUCUUCCUGUGGGUGCCUGAGAAAAUACUCAGCCUGAGCACAGAAGGAACACUAGCCCUGGGAAGAAAAGGAAACGAAAGAGGAGAAGUCUUCCUACAACUGUCCCCUAUGUGAAAAGAUUUGCACCACCCAGCACCAGCUGACCAUGCACAUCCGUCAGCACAACACAGACACGGGAGGAGCUGACCACGCAUGCAGUAUCUGUGGGAAGUCGCUGAGCUCGGCCAGCUCCCUGGAUCGUCACAUGCUGGUGCACUCUGGCGAGAGGCCUUACAAGUGUACAGUGUGUGGCCAGUCUUUCACCACCAAUGGGAACAUGCACAGACAUAUGAAGAUUCAUGAGAAGGAUACCAACAGUACUACAGCUGCAGCCCCUCCAUCCCCUCUGAAGCGCAGGCGGUUGUCCUCCAAAAGGAAGCUGAGUCACGAUGCCGAGUCAGAAGACCCAGGACCAGCUAAAAAGAUGGUAGAAGACGGGCAGUCAGGCGAUUUGGACAAGAUGAGCGAUGAAAUCUUUCACUGCCCAGUGUGUUUCAAGGAGUUUGUUUGCAAGUAUGAACUGGAGACCCACAUGGAGACCCACUCAGAUAACCCACUAAGAUGUGACAUUUGCUGCGUCACCUUCCGCACACAUCGAGGACUGCUGCGCCACAAUGCACUUGUCCACAAGCAGCUUCCCAGAGAUGCCAUGGGAAGACCUUUUAUCCAGAACAACCCUUCGAUUCCUGCUGGCUUCCAUGAUUUAGGGUUUACUGACUUCUCCUGUAGGAAGUUUCCUCGAAUCUCUCAGGCCUGGUGUGAGACAAACCUACGGCGGUGCAUCAGCGAGCAGCACCGGUUUGUGUGUGACACCUGCGACAAGGCGUUCCCCAUGCUGUCGUCACUCAUCCUGCACAGGCAGAGCCACAUCCCUGCCGAUCAGGGACGGGAGAAGCUCCAGACCAAGACCCUGGCUGCCGAGUCCUUGGAACAGAAGGCCUUCCUGGCCUUGCUGGGCCUGCAGCACACCAAAGACGUCAAGCCUGCCCCGGCGGAGGAGCUCCUGCCGGACGACAACCAAGCAAUACAGCUCCAGACACUUAAGUACCAGCUACCUCAGGAGCCUGGCUGCCCCACCGUGCUGAGUGUGUCUCCUCUUGACGCUGCUUCUUUAGGUGGCUCUCUGACAGUCCUCCCAGCUACCAAGGAGAAUAUGAAGCAUCUGUCCCUGCAGCCCUUCCAGAAGGGCUUCAUCAUCCAGCCAGACAGUAGCAUUGUGGUUAAGCCUAUUUCAGGAGAGUCGGCCAUUGAGCUGGCAGAUAUCCAACAGAUUCUAAAGAUGGCAGCUUCCGCUCCUCCGCAGAUCAGUCUUCCGCCACUUUCCAAGGCCCCUGCCACCCCGCUGCAGGCGAUUUUCAAGCACAUGCCUCCUUUGAAGCCAAAGCCCUUGGUCACACCCCGGACAGUGGUAGCCGCCUCCACGCCCCCACCUCUCAUCAACGCCCAGCAGGCAUCUCCCGGUUGUAUCAGCCCCAGCCUUCCUCCACAGUCCCUGAAGUUCCUCAAGGGGUCGGUGGAGGCAGUGUCCAAUGUUCAUCUGCUUCAGUCCAAGUCUGGGAUCCAGCCAAGCACCACCACACAGCUCUUCCUGCAGCAAGCUGGAGUGGAGUUGCCGGGCCAGCCCGAGAUGAAGACACAGCUGGAACAAGAGAGUAUCAUUGAGGCCCUGCUGCCCCUCAACAUGGAGGCGAAGAUCAAGCAGGAGAUAACAGAAGGUGACCUCAAGGCCAUCAUGACAGGCCCCAGUGGCAAGAAGACCCCCGCCAUGCGCAAGGUGCUCUACCCCUGCCGCUUUUGCAACCAGGUGUUUGCUUUCUCUGGAGUCCUGCGAGCCCACGUUCGCUCCCACCUGGGCAUCUCACCCUACCAAUGCAACAUCUGUGACUAUAUUGCUGCAGACAAAGCCGCCCUGAUCCGUCACAUCCGCACACACAGCGGGGAACGGCCUUACAUCUGCAAGAUCUGCCACUACCCAUUCACGGUCAAAGCCAACUGUGAGCGGCACCUGCGCAAGAAGCACCUCAAGGCCACCAGGAAGGACAUUGAGAAGAACAUAGAGUACGUGAGCAGCCCCACCGCAGAGCUGGUGGACGCCUUCUGCGCCCCAGAGACCGUGUGCAGACUGUGCGGGGAGGAUCUGAAGCACUACCGAGCUCUACGCAUCCACAUGCGCACACACUGCAGCCGGGGCCUGGGCGGCUGCCACAAAGGCCGGAAACCCUUCGAGUGCAAGGAAUGCAACGCUCCCUUCGUGGCCAAGCGCAACUGCAUCCAUCACAUCCUCAAGCAGCACCUGCACGUGCCCGAGAAGGACAUCGAGAGCUACGUGCUUGCCACCAACAGUGGCCUCGGCCCCGCGGACACGCCCACGGAUGCCGCUUCCAGAGGAGAAGAGGGCAGCUGUGUCACUUUCGCGGAGUGCAAGCCCCUCGCCACUUUCCUGGAGCCCCAAAAUGGCUUUCUUCACUCGAGCCCCACCCAGCCCCUGCCUUCCCACAUCUCUGUCAAGCUGGAGCCAGCCAGCAGCUUUGCCAUGGACUUCAACGAACCCCUUGACUUUUCGCAGAAAGGCCUGGCACUGGUCCAAGUGAAGCAGGAAAAUGUUUCCUCCUUGCUGACGUCUUCCUCCUCCUCUGCCCUCUAUGACUGCUCCAUGGAGCCCAUUGACCUGUCCAUCCCCAAGAGCGUCAAGAAAGGAGACAAGGACACAGUUGUUCCCAGUGACGCCAAGAAACCGGAACCGGAAGCUGGGCAAGCCGAGCCGCUCUCACCCCGCCCACCACCCUGCCCUACCUUGUCAGUGACUGUGGAGCCCAAGGGGAGCCUGGAAACCCCCACAGGCACGGUGGUGGCCGUCACCACAGCUGCCAAGCUAGAGCCCCACACUCAGCCCCUCCAGGGCUCCGUGCAGCUGGCUGUCCCCAUCUACUCCCCCGCGCUCGUCAGCAAUACUCCCCUCUUGGGCAAUUCUGCUGCCCUCUUGAACAACCCAGCCUUGCUUCGGCCCUUACGGCCAAAGCCCCCCCUCCUCUUGCCAAAGCCCUCGAUGACAGAGGAGCUGCCGCCACUGGCCUCCAUCGCCCAGAUCAUUUCUUCCGUGUCCUCGGCCCCUACUCUGCUGAAAACGAAGGUAGCUGACCCUGGACCAUCGAUCACCAGCAGUAACACUGUGGCCACAGACAGCCCAGGAAGCUCCAUCCCCAAAGCUGCCGCCACCCCCACUGACACCACAAGCUCUAAAGAAUCCAGUGAGCCACCCCCUGCAGCCAGCAGCCCUGAGGAAGCCUUGCCUACUGAACAAGGGCCGGCUGCCACUUCCUCGUCGAGGAAGAGGGGCAGGAAAAGGGGACUGAGAAACCGGCCCCUCCCCAACAGCAGUGCUGUGGACCUGGACUCCAGUGGGGAGUUUGCUAGCAUCGAGAAGAUGCUGGCCACCACAGAUACCAACAAGUUCAGUCCCUUUCUGCAGACUGCAGAGGAUGACACUCAGGAAGAGGUGGCUGGAGCCCCUGCCGACCAGCAUGGGCCCGCUGAUGAGGAGCAAGGUAGCCCCGCAGAAGACAGGCUGCUGAGAGCAAAGCGGAACUCCUAUGCCAACUGCCUGCAAAAGAUCAACUGUCCCCACUGUCCCCGGGUCUUCCCUUGGGCCAGCUCCCUGCAGCGGCACAUGCUUACACACACUGGUCAGAAACCCUUCCCUUGUCAAAAAUGCGAUGCCUUCUUUUCUACCAAAUCUAACUGUGAGCGGCACCAGUUGCGCAAACACGGAGUUACCACCUGCUCCCUGAGAAGAAACGGGCUUAUUCCCCCAAAAGAGAGUGAUGUUGGAUCCCAUGAUAGCACAGACAGCCAGUCAGACACAGACACGUUGACCACCCCAGGUGAGGUGCUGGAUCUCACAGCACAGGCUAAAGAGCAGCCGCCAGCAGAGGGAGCCAGUGAGAUCAGUCCGGCUUCACAGGACCUUGCUAUCAAAGAGGCCAAAGCAGCAGCAGCUCCCUCUGAGGAGGAGGAAGAAAAGGAGACAGAGGAGAACCCAGAGCCAGAGGAAGAGUGUCGUGUGGAAGAGAGCACUGGGGCUGCAGAUGCCCCCGAGGAAGACACAGCCAGCAACCAGAGCCUGGAUCUUGACUUCGCCACCAAGCUGAUGGACUUCAAGCUGGCAGAGAGUGAGGCAGGCUCUGUGGACAGCCAAGGCCCAGCCCAGCAGGAGCCAAAGCAUGCCUGCGAUACCUGUGGAAAGAACUUCAAGUUCCUGGGCACCCUGAGUCGCCACAAGAAGGCACACAGCUGCCAGGAGCCGAAGGAGGAGGAAGCAGCGGCACCUUCGCUGGAGAAUGAGGGCGUUGGCAGAGCGGUUGAGGGGCCCUCGCCUUCCCCUGAGCCUGAAGAGAAACCAGCCGAAUCCCUAGCAAUCGAUCCAACACCAGGAACCAGGGAGGCCUCAGUGGCGAAACAGAAUGAAGAAACAGAGGGUCCCACUGAUGGGGAAGGUACGGCUGAGAAGAGGGGUGACGGUGACAAAAGACCAAAGACAGACUCCCCCAAAAGCAUGGCCAGUAAGGCAGACAAGAGGAAGAAGGUUUGCAGUGUAUGCAACAAGCGGUUCUGGUCCCUGCAGGACCUCACCCGGCACAUGAGGUCACACACAGGAGAAAGGCCAUACAAGUGUCAGACCUGUGAGCGAACCUUCACCUUAAAGCACAGCCUGGUUCGACACCAGAGGAUCCACCAGAAAGCCAGGCACAGCAAGCACCACGGGAAAGACAGCGACAAGGAUGAGCGGGCUGAGGAGGACAGUGAGGACGAGUCCACCCACAGUGCUACCAACCCUGCCUCUGAGAAUGAGGCCGAGUCAGCUCCCAGCACCAGCAACCACGUAGCUGUCACCAGGAGCCGGAAAGAGAGCUUGUCCACUUCUGGGAAGGAAUGUAGCCCAGAGGAGAGAGCCGCAGCUGAGCAGGCAGCUGAGCCCAGUGCCCCCAAAGAGCAGGCGUCUCCAGGUGAAACAGACCCCCAGAGCCCGGCAGCCAUCGUGCAAGACUUGCUGGAGCUGUGCGGCAAGAGGCCUGCCCCAAUCCUGGCGGCCACCGACGGGGCCUCACAGCUCCUGGGCAUGGAGUGACAGCCCGCCCUGUCUCCAUCAGCUCAGAGACAAAGCUAGCGGAGCAUCCCAAAUGUAGAUUUUACAAGGUUUUCUCAGCUUCCUUCAGUUGUCUGGAGAGAGAGGAAAAAGAGGGCAAGAGAGAGACAAGCAAGCCUGUGGCCAACCAGCUCGUGCCAUAGCCUUACCCAGUACACAUGCACCCGGCCCCAGUACAGCCGGCUUCAGUGCCUUAACUACUUAUGGGUCCUCCCAUGUCGUUGUGGGUGUCCCCCUUCCAAAAAAAAAAGACAUUUUAACAAAACAAAUAUUUUAAUGAAUUUUUCGGAGGACCUUUUCAUUUAAGCAUUAACAUUACCUUUUGUAUUUGUGUGUUUGAGCUUGUUUUUGUGAGUCUGUGAUAGUACUGUUUUUGUUCUGUGAGCUGGAAGCAGAAAACCUUCCCCUUGGAUCCUGUAGCCAAUAACUGGAAGAAAAUGAUGUGAAUUUCAUGUACAUGACCCGAGGGAAGAGGGUGUGAGGCUAAUUUCUAAGCUAGACCUGUAUUCUCUGGUUCACGUCGGGGAGGAGCCGCGGCCUGGCCUCUGUCAUUAGUAGAUGUGGUUGACGCAGGGUUCCUGUGUGGUGUGAGCCAAAGCCAGGAAAGAGUCUAGCUUCAACCUCGCGAGUGUUUCCACCCUCUCCGUGUUAGAAAUGGCUAGUGUUCCCAUUCUUAAUUUACAGAGAAAAGUGGCCUCCCCAGCACCCUAGCCUACAGAGGACACGGCUGGAGGUCAUAUAGCCACUUUCCCUUCUUCCCAUUCGGUAUAUGUUAUUAAUAUUAUUAUUAUUAUUUUUAUUUUUACUUCUUCAGUUCGCUGGGCUCUGCAUUCAGCAGAAACAAAUGGGCAAUAUUUGUCCUGGGUGACCUGUACUGCUCCCUGGUCCCCCCUUAUUGUGUGCCUGAAGCUUCUGGUGGCACGCCAGUGAUGGCUCUUCUACUGUACUCAGACAAACCUUUCUUCCAUGACUGUAGAAUCCAGCAGGGGCCAGGAGUGGUCCUCCAAGCGUGGCCAAGGAGUGGCUCAGAGGGGAGAGCAAGGAUGCACAAGUGGUGGGGAGCAGGCAUCCGAGACACCAGGCCAUACCUGGGGCACCUCAGAGUCAGUUUGCAAGGCACCCCAGUCUUCCUGCUAAGCUGGGUCAGCGCCUUCCCCCAGCCGUGCUACUACCGUCAUUUGGGAAGCAUUGAGAUACUACUGCCAGUGAUGAACUGAAGUGCAUGCGCAAGGUCUAGAUGCGAGAGUUGUCUUCACCUUUCUGCAGUGUGGGGUUGCUGCUUGGAGAGAGGAGUGCUUUUAAAUCCCUAACUGGCCCAAGCCCCUGGUGCACAGAGACAGGGUUCCUUUAGUUCCUGGGUGUUCUGUACAAACAGUAGACCUCGCUCAUCAGCAAAAAGAAACUCUUCCUACUGUAGCUGAGCUCGGUUCAGCACCCUGUCCUUUAGCCGAGACCCGAGGAUGCCUGAGCCACACUGCUACUAGAGCCCUGUUUGUCCCUUGCCUUCAGGGCCUCAAGAUUUCCCCAAGAGAGGCCCUCCACUGCUUCACCCCCUCCCUUAUCCUGUGGCUCUAUAUGCUCCUCCGCAAAGAUGUGCAACCCGAGGCGUGCGUACCCCUUUGUCCACCAGUAUCUAGUGGCUAAAAUCCAACCACCCUGACUUCAAUGGAAGAUAGAUAUUCUAGAGAUAAUGAAAAGUGAUAUAUGUAUGAAAAAAACAUUGAGGUAUAUAUGAUUUUUAAUUGUAUUAGGGAUGUGUGGACCCAUUUAAAGUUGAGAUUUUAUUUACUGUAGAGAGAGAAAAAUCAGAACCAUUGAUCCCAUGAUCUUCUAAGUCAAACCCAGCUCCUACAUCCCUUAGGUGUUUUUAUUAUUAUUAUUAUUAUUAUUAUUAUUACAAUUGUUAUUGUUUUCAUUGUUAUUAUUUGGGGUUUCUUGUGUUUUGGUUUUCUUUGCAACUCUCCACACUAAACUCAUGAUACUGUGGGGAGAGGCCAUGACUGAACCCUACGCUGCGGUAAGAUGUAGCAGGGGUUGCUCCCAGCAGCGGCCGCCGCCAGGGCUGCAACUGGCAAUAAUCACUAUUGAUUUAAAGCUUUAUUUAGUCUCAUCUGUUCCUUCAUAGUUAAUAAGGUCUUGCCACAUUUUAUUAGUGAGAUUGAGAGAUGAAUUAUUUGUCUGUUGUCCUCCCCGCCUUCCCUCCCCCAAUAUUAAACUGUGAAGUUUGUGAUUUUGUUUAAACGCUGGGUGAAUCAUAGUGUUAGUUUGCAUGUCCAGCUAAUUUGUUUCUAUACAUUUUGUUUGAUUCUCUUUCUCCUCAGGGCUUUUACAAAUAUAUAUAUAUUAUAUAUGUAUAUAUAUAUGGAUCUUCUGAAAAAAAUUGAGGUGCAAAUUUUCUCUUUUUUGUUGUUUUUUGUUUUCUCUUUAAUGGACACAAUGCUGAUAUUCAAUCACUACAUAAAAUAUCUGGCUGUGAAACAAACCAGAGAGGCCCCACGGGGCGUUAUCCAAGCAGCUCUGCAGAAGCUCCGUGAAUCGGAUACCGAUUUCAGACAGAUCAUCCUGCGUUCGUCUCUUUCCUCUCUUCUCUUUCUUCAAGAAAAAAAAGUUGAUCCUAAUGAUUUCAGCCCAUGCAUUAAACAGAAAACAAUAAUAACUGUAGAAUUCAUAUUUUUCUAAAGGGAACUUAAAAACUGCUGCUACAUGUAUGUACAAAACUGGUCUCUGCUACAUGAACAGAAUCACAGGUUUGGUUUUGGUACUUUUGUUUCUCUUUGUACUCAGUUGUGUAGAACUUCCAAAUUCAGAGUGAAAAGAAAGCUGUUCUGCAUCAAACCAUCUAAGCAAUAAAUGUUAUAUUUAAAAAACGGCA